AUGCCUGUUCAAGUAGCCACCGGUGAUAGGUUCCGUGAUAAUUCACUCUUGGGUAAUGAUAAAACAAUCAAUGAAGCAGAGGAAUCUCGAUUAGCAGAGAAAGCGAGACUAAUCGAACAUUAUAUUUACCGAGAUUCCAAUUUCACCGUCAAUAAACAUUAUAAAGACACAGCUCGAAGUAAGAUUUGGAAUUUAAAAGAUAAGAAGAAUCCUAAAUUACGGCGAAAUGUUGCUGAAGGAAUAAUUAGUGAAGAAUACUUUGCAAAAAUGGACGCGGAGGCGAUGGCUUCAAAAGAACGAAAACGUCAAAAUACAAUGAUUCGAAAGAAUUCGCUUGCGAGUUCAAUUGCUGUUGCCGAUUAUAAACCAGUACAAUAUAAUUCGGAUCCAAGUGAACCAAAGAUUACCACUGCUGAUCGUGCUGGUAAUAGGGUUUGGAGUGGAACAGAUAUGGAUUCAACAAUAUGA